AUGGCCUUUUGGGUGGUUGACGGGGGUCGCCCGCUUGGUGUUACCGCUACCGCUACUGCUACCGGCCGGGGUCCGUACUAUGUGGGCGGCAAACGGAGGGUGAGCAUCUCCGAAGGCGGCGAUGGCUUCACUUUAGACUCCAAGAGGACCAGGCUCGAUGAGCUUCCCUAUGACUACGACAAUGCACCUAUAGCUUUGGCAGGGCCAAGUGGUUAUGCCUCAUUCGAGCACCCUUCGCCGUAUUAUCCACAGCCACAGCAACCGUUUCAUUCUGGCGUCCAUCAUACCAACAAAGCUCAUCCAUACCACCACUCUUAUAACUCCCCUACCGAGGAGGACUUCUUUUACCACGACGACAUUGAACCACCAUUUAUUCACCGUCCCGAUUCAGCGCCCGUUAAAAACCUCUCAUUUCUCGUCAUUCGCGAGCGUUCACCAACGCCAGAGAGACCCAACUUCCCCUCUAUCGCCUCCGGUCUUGGCGCCUUCGGGUCGAACCCCGAGACUCGGCCGGGCCCCUCCUUCGGCCCCUCCGGACCACCACCGGCACCCACUCCCGCUCCCGUUGCCGAUGCAUGCGCUAUGGAACGCACAGCAUCCGGACUCUCCAUCUCCUCCGAUACCACUCAGCCUUCACUCGCCAGUCUAUCUCCCGCUGCCGACGACAACGAUCCAGGAUUAAUGAGCGACCUCGCCGCUGCACGAUUAGUUCGCGAUCAUGUCGCCAACGCUGGCUCCAACCGUCGAAGACACCGCGGUGCCGAUUCACGCCAUGGCCGUAUUCUGAGGACUCUUAUCAACCCCAAGUCUCGCGCCGCCGACUUCCCCCUGGACAACGACGCCCUCCGCAGCAUCUUCUCUGCAGCAAACGAACUCUUCUUCGGCAACCGUCUUGCCGGCCGUGUCGCAUGGGACUGGAGUCACCCUGCAAGUGCGCAAUACCAGGCCCACAUCGUUGGCACAACUGCAGUGCGACGUUCCCGCGACGGAGGCUACGAGACCCUCAUUGUGCUAUCCUCGCCUAUCCUCCAAGACACAAAGUACAACCGCCGGCUUCUCAUUUCGACAUUCUUACACGAAAUGAUCCACAGCUAUCUCUUUGUUGUCUGCGGUCUCAAAGCCCGUUUCGAAGGCGGCCAUACCGAAGGAUUCCGCCAGAUCGCAGAUACCAUUGACCGCUGGGUCGGGCACAGCUAUCUGCGCCUCAGUGAGAUGGACGCUGAUCUAGAGCACUUCCGCGAGCAUCCCUCGUGCGUCCACGAGCAGCACCAGGUGCGCAGCCGAAGCGCUGACGAGCACCAGAGGGUGCCCUGGCGCAGCGAGAGAUGGGAGGAUGGAGAGAGGGAUGUUCAUUAUCCCACUGAGCUCCAUCCGCGACCACAUCCCAGUGAAGACUGGGAGCGGUAUGGGCGAGAGGGGUAUAGAGCCCCCGAUGUCCGGAGAGGAAUCUCACCAUACGUUUACUAA